AGGGGCCUCACGAGCACAACACGUAAAAUGUGGAAAAAUUUGCUUCAGCUUGCGUUGUUAUUAAUAUCCUUGGCCAACUGUGUGAACGGACAAGCCAAGAUCGUUGGAGGAUCAGACUCUCCAAUUAGUGCAGCACCAUAUGCAGUUAAUAUAAGGCUUAAAAGCACCGGUGAACUGAUAUGUUGCGGAACCUUAGUGGCUCAGGAUAUGAUUAUAACAGCCGCAACCUGCCUUAAAGAUAAAUACACAGUUGAUCAGUUAACUAUCCAAGGCAAUACCAACGAUUUUUCAGCUACUGGUACUAGACGUAAUGCCGAUUUAUUGGUCUAUCCAUCAGGAUUUAAUAUCACAACCUACAAUUUUGAUGUGUGCGUGUUAAGAUUAAAAACAGCCAUGCCUACCACACUCACGCCAGCAGUAUUGGCUACAGGUGGGCUAUCAGCUGGUCAGCCAUUAAAGUUAUAUGGCUGGGGAUUAACUAGUGAAGACGGGUCACCUUCAAAUAUAUUGCAAACUACUACAGUCAAUGCAGUAGCAAAAAGUGAAUGCCUUCUCUCCUAUGAACUGACAGGCACCAUGUUUUGUGCAAGUGCUCCAGGUAAGGACGGAUGUACUUUGGAUUCUGGUGGUCCAGUUAUAAAUGCAAACGGAAGAUUGUCUGGUAUUAUGUCAUGGGGAUAUGGUUGCGGUCGUACAGAUUAUCCAAGAGUUUGUACUAGUAUGGUGGUAUGUGGUGAAUGGGUUAACAAGGUCAUUUCUAAUUAUUCUCGCAGUUAAUGUGAACAAUUAUAAAGUUAAAA